AAAACCAAAACAAGACACGCAAGAUGUUGCACAACUUGGGUGAAAUAAUGGCAAAACUCAACAGUAUAAAAGUCACAUUUAGCCGCUGUUCUUUAGGCUUAAAGUUAAAGGAAGGGCGUAGCAGCAACCGUGCCGACCGGAGGAGGAACCACUGUCGUCAUCUUGAGUGGCAUCCUAGCUGACACCAUUUCAUCACAUCAGGACAUCAGCGCAGUCGACGACAAGGAUAACAUGUCUCGUAACAAGCAAGAAGAACGCUUUGGCCGGGUGACCGGUCACACUCUGCGACGGAGUCCCAUGUCGCACCACUUCAGAGAGCAGUUUGUAAUAACAAAGAGGACGCACGGCGGAAUGGAAUACGAAGACAUCAACGGACAGUUUCAGGAGGUAGUGAGCGAUGGGGGCUUGCGUGGAUCCAGGGAUAUGGUCUACUCUCUGAAUAAGCAGAAGCGAUGGGAAAUCCCGAGCCUCUUGAAAGAGAGCAUCUGCAAUGACAAGGACGCCCACGAGGAGCUGGACUUCAAGGUCCUACUGGUGGAGCGACACCUGGACGCCCACGAUGUCUUUAAGCCUGCCUGCACUGGCGUGUACGAAUCCAAGACCUCCCGGCCAGAGCGGCUGCCUAAGCAGACCUACGCCCAUGCCUGGGACCUGCGUGGACGGGACCGCAGCGACGCCGCGACUGAAGCCGUCCGCAGCCGCAUCCACAAGCUGCGCUGCGCCAAGAACCGCGGCGGGAAGAAGGUGGACUGGAGGGGGCUGCUGGAUGCGCUAGAGGAGAGGAUUCGGGAGGAGGGGCAACAAUUGGAUGAGGCGGAGGAGAGGACACCACAGCUGCAUUACGAGGUCGGGUACGGCCGACCCGAGAACAAGUACCCAUGGAGGCCGGAGAUGAAGAUGAACACCGUGACAUCCAACAAAAGGUCUGCAAGCACCAAACAGAGACAUAGAGCCACCACCACAUUCUACAUGGAAGACGUCUACGAUACGGAGGACUGCAUCCAAGAUGACAUCUAUGAGGAGGUCCUAUCUCACUCGGAGGCAGAUUCGAAUCUCCAAGAUGAAGCCAUCGACAGUGGCUUGAUGAUCAGCGAGGAACGACCAAGGCAGACGCUGGGAGAUGCUCUGUUUGCCACCACGAAGAAACCGAAGCAGAAGAAGCGACGAAAACAGAGCGACAUGGACAGACAUCUGUCAAAGGAGGGAGUCGAUAGCAACCAGGGCACGUCAAAGGCCAAAGUUCAGCACAAGGGUCGUGUUGUCUAUGACCCCGAGGGAGCUAAAUAUAAGCCCCGACCCAAGCCGCAACGUCAGAGAGGCCAACCCCGCACAAGGGCGACUACUGGUGCCCAGUCACAAGCCAUUGCUCAGUUACAAGAGGAUUUGGUUGCAGACAAGUGCCAACUGCCCUCCACGUGCCUUCAACUCGACCAAGAGUCUGUACAACCAUCAAGGCUUGAGGCAGACUUCGGCAGGGCAUACGCUGAGGCCCAGUGCAGGCCAAGGAGGUUUGCCAUCCAAGUCGGGGAAGACGAUCUUUCAAGCGAUCCUAGAAACAAAGUGUACCUUCUGUUUGAAUGCUUGGACGAUGAUCCCACGACCGUCGAGUGCACAGACUCAGUGGAGGCGGAAUCGUGGCAAGUCGUGAAGACAGGAGUGCAUGUGAGGAUGACAGUGUACGGCCUGAGCGAUCAAGUUCUAGUCACCACCAAGCAAAUGUCAGCUUCUUUUCCGUCGGAUACCAUCAUUUCUACCCCGGACGUCAUCAAGUACAUGCAGGAUGAGCUCACAAAGUCUGCCGCUAGCUGGGGCAGAACGGGGGCGCAGGUUGUAAGCUCCCGAUCCAGACACAAUUCUGCAGACAUCCCGACUGUGAGGGAAGCGCUGGGUUGGAACUGUCGAUUGAGCACGGCGGAUGAGGCUUAUAGUGAGAUUACUAGCAGACAGACACUUGAGCCGAGUUGCGACAAGGAGAUCCAGGAAACAUCAACCUCAUCCGACGAAUGCGGAAUCUGCUACGAGAUCCUGUCUCUUCCAGCUGGUGCAACACCGUCCUCGCUCGGCAGUUUGGAGGGCACCCUCCUCUCCCCCUGCGGGCACCGUUUCUGCAACGAUUGUUGGCGCCAGUACCUGAGGUCAGGGGUCAAGCAGGGAGCCACAGACAUCACAUGCCCUGAGUACAAGUGCAAGACGCUUGUGGACCCCGUCACGACCAUGGCUUUCCUUAGCCCCGCCCUGUUCCAUGCUCACUACAGGCGUGCCAGGGACACCACCUUGGCCCGCUCGGCCGAGUGCCACCGGUGCCCGAACGCACUGUGUGGUCGCGUGGCACGUCUGGAGUCCGACAGUGGAUUGUCAUCAUCAUCGUCAACCUCGUCAUCAUCAUCGUCAUCGUCGCUCUCAUCGUCAUCGUCGUCACUGUCAUCGUCUAUAAGCAGCGAAACUUUGAUGACGAAGAUGAUGACAGUCCGAUGCGAUUGCGGUUGGCUGUGGUGCACAGAGUGCAAGGAAGAGGGACACUGGCCGGCUUCUUGCCAGCAGGCCAGCAACUACCGCAAAGCCAUGAAGAAAACACUGGGCGAAAAAAAAGUACCCCUCAUCACUCAUGUGCAAGUGAAGCAGUGCCCUGGCUGCAGGACCCGCUGGGAGAAGAACGGCGGAUGUCCUUCCAUGAUCUGCGGCACGUGCAACCUCAACUUCUGCUGGCUGUGUCUUCGUAAAUAUAACAACCAUGACUACAGUCUAUGUGGAAAAUCAGUAGUUGGUCUGCAGGCAGUCAAACUCGACUACAGGGUCCACUCCAAAGACUAUCUGCUGGAGCUAGCCAUUGAGCACCACAAGUAUCGGCGCUGGAGCACGCUGAGAAAGGGCCGGUUUGCCCUCAGGAAGUUGGCUUCACGAUCGACCAUGGCUCAUAUCCAAGGCGAAAGGUCCACGACUAAGUUCCGCACGUCCCAGGUGAUGACUAUCGAUGUUGUCAUGGCAACCGCAUCAGCUGGCAAUCACCAGCCGCUGACGUGGGCUCGGACCAAGGAGCAACUCGAGAUGAUGAACAGGAGAGCUGAGGAGACGUUUGAGAUUGCUGCCUUCUGCCAUGAGUGUCAUUUUGUGUUGGAGCAUCUCGCUUUCCUGCUUGGUAGUCUGCCGCGUCGUCAGAGAAAGGCAAAAUGGUGGAGAGCCAUGGCGGAUCUCAGGUUUAUCGUGCAGAAUCUCCAGCAGACUCUGGAAAAUGUGCCCAACAUCAAGAUGGCCGACUCAGAGUCCACCAUGGACAGACUGUGCAGGCUGAUGCAUGCUGGGAAGGUGUUCCUGAGGAGGCUGGCACUGAGCAUGCCCAGUACACUGCCGCAAGGACGCAAGAUCAAGGAGUAAAUUUGUCAAACGGACUCUCAGAUUUUGCCAUCGGCCAAGUGCAGUAAACGGUGUCAAACAUAUUUCGUGACAGUUGAUUUCAUUUUAUCAUUUUGCAGAUCGUAAGUCAUUGAAAUUAAUUGUCU